AUGAGGCAGGGCAAAGGCUGGAUGGUGCUGCUGGUGCUUCUGGGAAUCGGAGUUUUCGCCCAGAAGCUUCCCACCAGAGACGAGGGUUUGUUCCAGAUGCAGAUCAGAGACAAGACGCUGUUCCACGACUCCUCCGUCAUCCCCGACGGAGCCGAGAUCAGCGGGUACCUGUUCAGAGGACACGCCCAAAAGGUGAGGCCAAACACCUGCAUUAUGUUCAGAGACACGCCCAAAAGAUUUCUGUACUUUGUUAUCCGUGAGGACAACACGCCGCUGUCGGUGACGGUGACGCCCUGCGACGCUCCUCUGGAGUGGAGGCUGAGUCUGCAGGAGCUGAAGGAGGAGGGCAGCUCACGUUGUUCCUUGUUGUCUCCAGGAGAGCCUCUGGACCAGCAGAGGCAGCAGACGGUGGCGGCGGACGACGGCACGGAGCUCUUCACCUACAAGGGGAACGACGUGGAGGCGUACGCGGCCUCCAGCUCGCCCUCCGGCCUCUACCAGCUGGAGCUGCUGAGCACCGAGAAGGACAGCCACUUCAAGGUGUACUCCACCACCACGCCCGAGUCCGACCAGCCCUACCCGCAGCUGCCCUACGACCCGCGGGUCGACGUGACGGCGCUGGGAAGAACCACGGUGACGCUGGCCUGGAAACCCACGCCCACCGGCUUCCUGAUGGGCCAGCCGGUGCAAUACUGCCUGGUGAUCAACAAGGAGCACAAUUUCAAGAGCAUGUGCGCCGCCGAGGCUAAGAUGACGCUGGACGACGGGUUCAUGUUGGCGCCCAAACCGGGCCGGGACUUCAGCCCCUUCGACUUCGCCCACUUCGGGUUUGUUCCGUCUGAUAAUCUGCUGGGGAAGGACCGCGGACUGGUGAGCAACAAGAUCUCCUCCAGGAGCUACACGGCCAAACCCAGAGCCUCCGACAUCCAGAAGCUUUGCAUCGGCAACAAGAACAUCUUCACGGUGUCGCAGCUGAAGCCGGACACGCAGUACUACUUCGACGUGUUCGCCGUGAACUCGGCCACCAACACCAGCACGGCGUACGUCGGCACGUUCGCCCGCACUAAAGAGGAGGCUAAGCAGAAAACCGUGGAGCUGAAGGACGGCAAAGUGACCGACGUCUUCAUCAAGAGGAAGGGCAGCAAGUUCCUGCGCUUCGCCCCGGUGUCGUCCCACCAGAGGGUCACCCUGUUCCUGCACGCCUGCCUGGACAGCGUGCAGCUGCAGGUGAGGCGCGACGGCAAGCUGCUGCUGAGCCAGAACGUGGAGGGCGUGCGGCAGUUCCAGCUGCGCGGGAAACCCAAAGCCAAGUACCUGAUCCGCCUGCGGGGCAGCAGGAGGGGCGCCUCCACCCUGAAGCUGCUGGCCUCCACGCGGCCCAGCAGCAAGCAGCCCUUCCCCUCGCUGCCCGAGGACACGCGCAUCAAGGCCUUCGACAAGCUGCGCACCUGCUCCUCCGCCACCGUGGCCUGGCUGGGAACGCAGGACCGCAACAAAUACUGCAUCUACCGCAAGGAGGUGGCCGACAACUACGGAGAGGAGCAGCGGCGCCGCGAGCAGAACCAGUGCGCCGGGCCGGAGAGCCGCCGGAAGGCUGAGAAGGUUCUGUGCAAAUACUUCCACAGCCCCAACCUGCAGAAGGCCGUGACCACGGAGACGGUGACGGGGCUGCAGCCGGGGAAGAGCUACCUGCUGGACGUUUACGUGGUGGGACACGGAGGACACUCGGUCAGGUACCAGAGCAAACUGGUGAAGACAAGGAAGUACUGCUAAAAGACUGCACAGAAUAAAUCUAUUAUAAAUAUAUAUAUGAAAUAAGUUUAUUUAACUCUAAGUGAUAUUCUACUAAGGAGUGUAUACAGACUACUCGCGGCGCAGCGACUGUAUAUUUAUGUUCCCGGCUGCUCGGAGAUCUUCAUCCGGUCCGUGACGCUCGCUUUCAUAUGGAGACUCAGCAGCGCCUUGUAUAGAUCUCUCAUAUCCACUACAUGUGUUAGGAGGAGUUUAAAUUAUUUUAUACUUUUGGUCUCUUGUUGUUCUUCAUUUUGUAUUGAUAAUAACUGUUCUGAGGAUUUCCAGUGGUAGUUCAGACAUUCCCCUGUUGCUCAUCCUGUAAAUGUGUUCUGUGCUGGAGAUGUGUGUGUUAUUAUCACUGUAUCGCUGUGUGUGUGUACAGAGUUGUCCUGCCAAUAUUCAUGUACAUAAACACUAAAUAUAGACCCAGUAAUCCCUCUGUCCCUCGCGGUGUCAUGUUCUUGUCCCGAGCCGUUACCAUGAGUCUGAAUCAGGGUUUCUUCAGCUCUCCUUCACACUGGAAGUGACUCCCAGUGAUAACUUGAUCCCAGCAGAGGAUGGACUGUUUGCUGGGAAUGAAGCACUGUGGUUGUCGAGCCCUGCUGACCAUCAGAUAUCAAACCAGGGUCUCAUUGACGUUAAUAAUGAUUAAUAAAUCAGUGCAUCUCAGAUCAAUUAUGAGUGCAUUUCUUUGUCUCUGCUGGAGGAAUAUUCACAUGUUGGACGAUAAGAGUCAUUAACGUGUAUUUUAGGGGUUCAGAUCAGAUGUUUUCAUAAAAGCAUUCACACGUUUGAUGCUGCUCUACUCUGAAGUUAUGAAAUGCACACUUUUCUCUGGGUUUGUGGACUCAUUCCUGCACCACUAUCUCACAGCAGUUUAUAGAAGCUGCUGUUCAUUCUAGUUGCACCAAUUUCAAGUCACGAACACUCAAAAUGCUUUUCAGGUUUCAAG